AACUUUGCUUUCUGAAGGGGGCACAGCAGGUGUGAGUCCUGGUGACUGCCAUUACCUGUUCCUUAGAGAUGGCUCUGCAGACCCCCAGCUUCCUCCUCCCAGCAGCUGUGGUUGUGCUGAUGGUGCUGAGCAGCCCAGGGGCUGAGGGCAGAGACUCCCCAAGGGAUUUCGUGUACCAGUUCGAGGGCCAGUGCUACUUCACCAACGGGACGCAGCGCAUACGGUAUGUGACCAGACACAUCUACAACCGGGAGGAGUACGUGCGCUACGACAGCGACGUGGGCGAGUACCGCGCGGUGACUGAGCUGGGGCGGCCGGACGCCGAGUACUGGAAUAAGCAGUACCUGGAGCGGACGCGGGCCGAGCUGGACACGGUCUGCAGACACAACUAUGAGGGGCCGGAGGCCUGCACCUCCCUGCGGCGUCUUGAGCGGCCCAAUGUGGCCAUCUCCCCGUCCAGGACAGAGGCCCUCAACCACCACAACCUGCUGGUCUGCUCAGUGACAGAUUUCUACCCAGCCCAGAUCAAAGUGCGCUGGUUCCGGAAUGGCCAGGAGGAGACGAAGGGGGUCGUGUCCACACAGCUUAUUAAGAACGGGGACUGGACCUUCCAGGUCCUGGUCAUGCUGGAGAUGACGCCUCAGCGGGGAGAUGUGUACACCUGCCAUGUUGACCACCCCAGCCUUGAGAGCCCUGUCACAGUGGAGUGGCGGGCACAGUCCGAGUCUGCCCAGAGCAAGAUGCUGAGCGGCAUUGGGGGCUUUGUGCUGGGGGUGAUCUUCCUCGGGCUUGGCCUUUUCAUCCGUCACAAGAGUCAGAAAGGACCUCGGGGGCCUCCUCCAGCAGGGCUCCUACAGUGACACCCGAGAGUGUUUUGAUUGUGUUUGAAGAGACAUGGGAAACCUGCCCCCAUCUCUCGGCAUCAAAUCCUGCAAUUCUUCUGUCCCUACAGAGCCUGAGCAGUUAGCAACCCCUCCCCCUACCUCUCUGGGCAGAUGCUGGCCUUGGGAACAGACAAAAGGCAGCCUUCUCCAACCUCAGCAUCACAUCAGAACUCAUGCUCCCUCCCCUUUAGCAACCAGCGUUUCUCCAAUGCAGAUGGCUCCUGCCCUUGAGGCAGGAGCCAAUAUCCUUAGUGAUAAAAGCCCAUUCUCAGACUAUGGGAAAGAGGCAAUUAAGUAUUAAGUGUGCUCAGACAGCAGUGAUCACUUGUGAAAUACCCUAACUUUUGAUAACGGAAUGAGUUACUUCUUCCCAGGUCAGGAAGGUAGGUCCCGU